AUGGCGCGGAGCGAGCCGCGCAGCGGGAGCCGCUCCCCGCCGACGGCGCACGGCGACUGGAGUCGCUGGGAGGCGGCCAUCCUCAGUGGCUGGAGGACCUUCUGGCAGGCGGUGGGCAAGGAAAGGGCGGCUCCGGCCGCCUCGCAGGAGGAGGCGGGGGACGAGGCCAGCACCCUGACCCGGCUGCCGCAAUCCAGGUCGUUGUUACCCAAUACCCCACCAGAGCUCUGGGGUGCAUAUUAUAACGGUGUCCCUCGGCCUCCACCUUUCUCCUCGAGGAUUGGAACUAUCUCUGUAACUCUUUUGGGUAGUGAUAGCCAACAAAUGAUACAAUUGAAUUAUAUAACUGUACCGAUAUGUAUUUGUGGUGUUAACUCUGUAAUUGUGACAAUUUUACACAGCUAUAAAAUGUGUUGUCCACAUACAAGAAGAUCCUUGAAAUCCAGCCGCCCAAUGUAUGGAGCUGUCACCUCAUUUUUGCACUCACUGAUCAUUCAUAAUGAACCACGAUUUGCUAUGUUUGGACCAGGUCUGGAAGAGUUGAAUACAUCUUUGGUGUUGAACUUGAUGUCUUCUGAGGAACUUUGUCCAACAGCUGGCUUACCACAGAGGCAGAUUGAUGGUAUUGGAUCAGGAGUCAAUUUUCAAUUGAGCAACCAACAAAAAUUCAACAUCUUGAUAUUAUAUUCAACUACCAGAAAGGAAAGAGAUAGAGCAAGGGAAGAGCAUACAAGUGCAGUGAAUAAGAUGUUCAGUCUACAGAAUGAAGGGAAUGAUCAACAAGGAAGCCGGUACAGUGUGAUUCCACAAAUUCAGAAGGUGUGUGAAGUUGUAGAUGGGUUCAUCUAUGUUGCAAAUGCUGAAGCUCAUAAAAGACAUGAAUGGCAUGAUGAAUUUUCUCAUAUUAUGGCAAUGACAGAUCCAGCUUUUGGAUCUUCAGGAAGACCAAUGCUGGUUUUAUCUUGCAUUUCUCAAGCAGAUGUAAAAAGAAUGCCCUGCUUUUACUUGGCCCAUGAAUUACGCCUGAAUCUUCUAAACCACCCUUGGAUGGUUCAGGAUAUAGAAGCUGAAACUCUACAUGGCUUUUUGAAUGGUAUUCAGUGGAUUCUUGAAGAAGUGGAAGCCAAGCAUACAAAAUGAUUCUCCUUCUGGACCUUGGAGGGAAGCGGAAACCAUUUGAAGUUUGUUACUAAGGUCAUGAUAUGGAUGGAUAUUUGCUCCGGUCAGCUCACUUUGUACUGCCUUUGUACAGGUGGCCUGUAAUGCCGUGUUUCCCAUAUUAAGUCCCCUUUACCUUAAAUCAAUUAGAAGAAAAGAUUUUGACUGCUAGCAUAUAGUCCCAAAGUGAACCUUUAAAAUUUUUUGAUAACUUUUAUAUUUUCUGGCUUAAUAAAAAUAUUGAAUUCUGGGGGAAAAACCCGCAUUGUUCUCUCAUUCCUUGUGAUUUUUAUUAUUUCAAUGAUUGCCUUAGUGAGGAAUAGCACAUUUGCAGAGCUUUCCGUAGAGAAUUGCAUAUAUUCUUAAUAAAGCAUUGGUUAAGACCAGAA